AGGGGCGGGACCGGCGUCUCUGGGCGCUGGAGCGCGGCGACACUGCGGCCGCGGGAAGGACGGACGGACGCGCCGCCGGACCGUCCCGGGCCAUGGCCGAGCACGCCGCUCGCCCAUGCUGCCUGGGCUGGGACUUCAGCACGCAGCAGGUGAAAGUUGUUGCUGUUGAUGCAGAGCUGAAUGUGUUCUAUGAGGACAGUGUGAAUUUUGACAAAGACCUUCUAGAAUUUGGGACUCAGGGUGGAGUUCACAUUCACGAGGACGGGCUGACAGUGACCUCUCCAGUCCUGAUGUGGGUCCAGGCUCUGGAUAUCAUCUUGGAGAGGAUGAAGGCUUCAGGCUUCGACUUCUCUCAAGUCCUCGCCCUGUCUGGGGCGGGCCAGCAACAUGGAAGUGUAUACUGGAAGGCUGGGGCCAGCCGCGUGCUGACAAGCCUGUCACCAGACCUCCUGUUACAUAAGCAGCUUCAGGCCUGUUUCUCCAUCAGGGACAGCCCAGUAUGGAUGGACUCCAGCACCACAGUCCAGUGCCGCCGGCUGGAGGCCGCCGUGGGCGGGGCACAGGCUCUCAGCUGCCUCACCGGCUCCCGAGCCUAUGAGCGUUUUACAGGAAACCAGAUUGCAAAGAUUUACCAGCAGAAUCCUGAGGCCUAUGCACACACAGAGAGAAUUUCUUUGGUUAGUAGUUUUGCUGCUUCCCUGUUCCUUGGGUCUUACGCCCCUAUCGACUACAGUGACGGUUCUGGAAUGAAUUUGUUGCAGAUCCAGGACAAAGUCUGGUCACAGGUCUGCCUUCGCGCCUGUGCACCUCAUUUAGAGGAGAAGCUUGGCUCACCUGUACCGUCGUGCUCUGUGGUGGGAGCCAUUUCCUCCUACUUUGUCCAGCGCUAUGGAUUUCCUCCAGGAUGCAAAGUGGUGGCUUUCACUGGGGACAACCCUGCUUCGCUGGCGGGCAUGAAGCUGGAGGAAGGUGACAUUGCGGUCAGCCUGGGCACCAGCGACACCCUGUUUCUCUGGCUCCAGGAGCCCAUGCCUGCCCUGGAAGGGCACAUCUUCUGCAACCCGGUUGAUGCCCAGCACUAUAUGGCACUCCUGUGCUUUAAAAACGGCUCCCUCAUGAGAGAGAAGAUCCGCGAUGAGUCCGCUUCCUGUUCCUGGAGUGAUUUCUCUGAGGCGCUGCGGUCCACGGAGAUGGGCAACGGCGGGAACCUGGGUUUUUAUUUUGAUGUAAUGGAGAUCACCCCUGAAAUUACUGGGCGCCACCGGUUUAGUGCAGAAAACCGCCAGGUCUCAGCAUUCCCUGGGGCUGUGGAGAUCCGGGCACUGAUCGAAGGGCAGUUCAUGGCCAAGAGGAUCCAUGCUGAGGGCUUGGGUUACCGAGUCAGUAAUGCCCAAGACAAAGAUUCUGGCCACCGGAGGGGCAUCUCACAACAGAGACCUCUUACAGGUGCUUGCAGAUGUGUUUGGUGCCCCAGUGUAUGUCACAGACACUGCCAACUCGGCCUGUGUGGGCUCUGCAUACCGAGCUUUCCAUGGCCUUGCAGCUGGAACAGACGUGCCCUUUUCAGAGGUGGUGAAGUUAGCCCCAAAUCCCAGAUUAGCUGCUACCCCAACCCCAGGAGCUUCUCAGCAUGUGACCUUCGUGUGACCUUGAGCAGCAUUUCUCAUCUCUGAGCCUAUUCGUCUGUGAAGUGGGGAUAACAUCUGGUCCUGCCUACUUUCAACCCGCUAACUGUGAGGCUUAAAAAGACUCCUUGGAGGGAACCUGGAUGGCUUAGUGGGUUAAACCUCUGCCUUCGGCUCAGGUCAUGAUCUUGGGGUCCUGCGAUGGAGCCCCACAUAGGGCUCUCUGCUUAGCAGGGAGCCUGAUUCCCCCUCUGUCUCUGCCUGCCUCUCUGCCUACUUCUGAUCUCUAAAAAAAAAAAAAAAAAAAAGACUCCUUGGCUCGAAUGGCUUUAUUAUGUAACAAGAAGUCUGACUGUAGUCAUGGGGCUGGUUCUGUGGUUCCACAAUGUCGGGGCUCUAGGUUACAGUGCCUGCAGUUCUACAGAUCAGCAACGGACAAUGGCAAAAUGAUAACCACCUAUGUCACUUACAAUUUUCUAGAAGUCUCAUUUAAAAAUAAAAAAAGGAAAAAAAAUAAAUGACUAACUUCAAAUAUAUUUUUUAUCUAAUCCAGUAUGUCUGAAAUACUGCCAUUUCAAUGGGCAGUCAAUAAGAAAAAUUGGUAAUGUGCUAUUUUACAUUCCUCUUUUUUGUAAGAAGCUUUUGAAAUCUGAUGGGUGUUUAGUCUUGUAGCACUCGUCCCAAUUCAAGUGCUUCCAGGCGUAUAUGACUUACAGCUCCUGUGUUGGGUAGCCCAGCUCUCAGUGUACUCCAGGUGACCCCAGGAUGUCUGCAGCUGCUCCAGACAUCCCACUCCCCACCCCACACUGUAUCCAUAGGCAGGACUGAGAGCCUGGCAUUGGGCAGCCCCUCCUCACACACUUCUUGCUCAUCAGGGAGAGAAUCCUGGUCUGCUCUCUCAACUCUCAAUAGGACCAGGCUGCCGCUUGGUCCUAUGGUCACACCUGGUUGUAAGAAAGGCUGGGGUAGGUUCUGGCUCUUUUGUCCUCUAGAAGGAGGCCCAUGAGGGAGAAGGUAGUUGGAGAAAGCUUUAGGGCGGCAGACAACUGCAUGUGUCUCCUUACAGGUAGCAAACACUGUGUGUGUACCACCACCUUCCCUGGCUUGCCCAUGACAGACUCACUAAGGGCUCCUGGAACUCCAUACCCUUCAACCCAAGGGCAACGUCAGAAUCCUUUGGAAUGCCAGGUUGCAAGCAGCAGCAGGCUGUGUCUGUUGGUGGAAUGACCUAUUGGAGGACUGGUCUGUAAACUCCUUGGGAGUGGGGGACCAUGCUCUGUGUUCUUUCUGUGGCAUGUACAGCAAUGGGUGUGCUCAAUGGGAAACUCAAAACUUUUCUGCCCGCUCAGCUGAAUAUUGCAGUUUCCUCCUAACAGAGGAGGUCCAAGCUCUCUGUGAGUUCUCUGUUCUCUGUCACCUUUACUGAGCUGCCCCAGAUGCGCCCGAGUGGGCCCUGGGUACAUAAUCAGUGACUAAAGCACUUGAGUUUGGAGCCGAUUAAGUGGGAUUGGCAUGAGCGAGUAAUGGCAUUUGUGAGUCGCAAGGAAAUCUGGGUCCCUUGGUUAAGUGUUGCUUGUCUAUAAGACCCCGUGUGCUGACCGGAAGUGCCCACAUUUCUCAGGCAAGGCUUAUUGAGUCACGGAUGAAAACAGCUUUUUAAAAAAAAAGGAGGGAGGAAGGAAGGUUAAGAAUAUGGAGUUGU